AAGAACGUAAGCCUUUCUUGCUCGUCUUCUUGUUCUGUCCAUUCGUACUGUAUACAAAUAAUCAUUAUUGCAUAGCCCUAGGCGUCGUCUCUUUUAGUUUUCCUUCUCGUCGGCUAUCCUCGAGCAUCAAACUGCUUAUGAUUUCAGGUACUAGAGGUCAGCUUUGGCGUAGAAGUUUUUCUUUCAGUUCCGAAUUUGCAUAUUUUUGUGCAUGAUCUUUACCGCUGCUUUUGGACUGUGAUUCAUGCCUGAAAUUCAGAAGAUUGAGUUGAUUUUCAUGAGUUUGAAUUAUUGGUAGCGAAUAUGCGGAUUGAGGAAGUUUUUGAAAAAGAUUUGAAAAUUGCUGGUUAGAGGUUUGAUAUUUGAAAUUCAAAUUGAAUGGGUGAAGUUGGGAAUCGAGAUAUGGAUAACUUACCCCUGUUAAAUGCACAAACUGAUAGUGCGGAACCGGGUAAUGUUGUUUCAUCUGAUGUUCCUUCUAAGAAACUAGCUAGGCAGCUGGAUUUUACGGGGUCUGUUGGUGCAGUCUUGCCGGAGCAUCCUCAUUUUCAGUCUCAGCCUCGGUGUCAACAAUCAGAGUCGCCGGCCGUCAUGGUGGUGCAGAGUCAGUCGCAGCCACAGUCCCCACAACAUUUGAUGGUUUUGCCCAUUGUAACAAAAGCGCCUCAUCCUGCGAGAAAGCCAGAUUCCCCGAAGUCAAGAUCAAGAUCUAAUGUUGAAACAAAAGAUGCUACUCCAAAAAAACAAAAACAGUGUAACUGCAAACACUCACGCUGCUUAAAGCUGUACUGCGAGUGUUUUGCAUCCGGAAUAUACUGUGAUGGUUGCAAUUGCACAAAUUGCCAUAACAAUGUUGAGAAUGAAGCUUCUAGGAGAGAAGCAGUCGAAACUACUUUAGAACGUAAUCCAAAUGCAUUCCGACCAAAGAUUGCUAGCAGCCCACAUGGAACACGAGAGAGCAGGGAUGAAAUUGGAGAGGUAGUAAUGCUGGGAAAGCACAACAAAGGAUGCCAUUGCAAGAAAUCAGGUUGCUUAAAGAAGUAUUGUGAGUGCUUUCAGGCCAAUAUUCUAUGCUCUGAAAACUGUAAGUGCAUGGACUGUAAGAAUUUUGAAGGCAGUGAAGAGAGACAAGCUCUUUUCCAUGGUGACCAUGUCAACAACAUGGCUUCUAUUCAACAGGCAGCCAAUGCUGCAAUAACUGGAGCUAUUGGAUCCUCUGGUUAUGCUUGCCUUCCCACUUCAAAGAAAAGAAAAGGCCCAGAGCUAUGCUUUGGCCCUGUAGGGAAGGAUUCCCCUCUCAACAGUAUGCCACAAUUUCAUCAGGCAAAUAAUAUAAUGGCUUCAGGCACGUUUACAUCAUCUCCCUUCCCAGUUGCUCAUGUUGGUAGCCCUGCGGCACCGGGACCUUCAAAGUUCUCAUUCAGGUCCUUAUUAGCUGACCUCAUCCAGCCGCAUGACUUGAAGGAGCUUUGCUCAGUUUUAGUGGUGUUGUCAAGUGAAGUUGCAAAGAACCUAGCAGAGCAUAGAAAUACUGUGAAACAGAUAAAUGACCGGCCACAGAUUUUUCGUGCUUCAUCAACUGGAGAUAUGUCACAGCGUCAGAAGGCCGAAGUGAAAGCUGCAGAUGGUGAGUGUGGUAGUUCAAACCAAAGUGAAAGGAGUGUACAUGACAAUUCUAAUUCAGAUAGUUCGAAUACAACACGGGCAAGGCCGAUGUCCCCUGGAACUUUAGCUUUAAUGUGUGAUGAAGGAGAUACAAUGUUCAUGGGAGCUGGUCUAGCUGAUGGGUUGGCAGGCCAUGAUUGCAACACAUCAUCACAUGUGCCUGAUAAGUCUUUGUCAGAAGUCUACAUCGAGCAGGAACGGAUUGUGUUGACAAAGUUUCGAGAUUGUCUUAAUAAACUCAUCACUCUGGGAGAGAUAAAAGAAACAAAAUUCACUUCUAGAAGCGAAUUGGGGAACGAACAUCACAGCAACAAUUUCACCUCAAAUAGUGGGUGCCAACAGAGAUCUAUUAGCAAUGGGGUCGUAAAAAAUGUCGCUCUCUCAGCACCUAGAAUACCACCAGUCGGCACUGCAGCUCAUCAUCCGAAUAACGAUCUCGUACCCAAUAUUCUACCCCUUUCUAAAAAUAGGAAGAAUAAACCACAAGUUGACAGAGAAGUGUAGGAAAAGCCGAAGAAAGCAACUGGCGUGUUGCUCAAUCUCAUUGAUCAUUCAGAUUUGCUUCCUGAGACUGGUCUAUUCAAGUUAGUUGCCCCAUUUUGACGUAUAUUAUUGGUUUUUAUAUCAUCAUUAGAAUUCUAGGAGAAUUUUGUGUUCCAAAUUCCAUUCGUAGAUAGAGAUCUUGUAAUUGCUAAAUCAUUGUACGAGAUAGAUAACAAAGAGCAAUAAUUCAUCCCUUUUUUUCUUUUUAGGAAAUAAUUCAUCCCAUUUGAUGACCAAUGAAAUAAAAGAUUAGCAUCAUUAUGCAUUUUUGUUCA